AUGAACAACUUUCAUGUCUACGAGGCGAUCGGCCGUGGCAAACACUCGACAGUGUACAAAGGGAGGAAAAAGAAGACAAUCGAGUACUUUGCGAUCAAGAGUGUUGAUAAGUCUCAGCGGGCGAAGGUCCUCCAAGAAGUUCGGAUGCUACAUGCUUUAGAUCAUGAAAAUGUGUUGAAGUUCUAUUCUUGGUAUGAAACCUCUGCUCACCUAUGGCUGGUCUUGGAAUAUUGUGUUGGUGGAGAUCUGAUGAAUAUACUUCAGCAGGAUAGUCGACUUCCUGAAGAAUCCAUACAUGAUCUUGGUCGUGACCUUGUCAGAGCUCUUCAGUUUUUGCAUUCCCAAGGAAUUAUUUAUUGCGAUCUGAAGCCAUCAAACAUCUUACUUGAUGAGAAUGGGCGAAUGAAGCUAUGUGAUUUUGGGCUAGCCAGGCGAUUGAGUGACAUUGAGAAAAAUUCUCUUUCCAUGCUGCCGCAGUCAAAGAGAGGAACACCCUGCUAUAUGGCUCCUGAGCUUUUUCAGGAUGGAGGAGUGCAUUCUUAUGCUUCUGAUUUCUGGGCUCUUGGUUGUGUAUUGUAUGAAUGCUAUGCUGGAAUCCCCCCAUUUGUAGGAAAUGAGUUUACUCAAUUGGUAAAAUCAAUAUUAUCAGAUCCUACACCGCCACUUCCUGAUAAACCAACCAGUUCGUUUGGUAAUCUGAUUAACCGUUUAUUGGAAAAAGAUCCAGCUGAAAGGAUGCAAUGGCCUGAACUCUGUGAACAUAGCUUUUGGAGGACAAAGUUCAGUUCAGUGCCUCUCCCUCCUCAGCCUGCUUUUGUUAACAUGCUGCAGCCUGUUAAACCAUGUCUUUCAGAGCGAAAUGGUGAUAGGUCUGUUCAGCAAAGAACACCUCCCAAAAAGCGUGAAAAUAAUAUCAAUGGGACUAGUAAGCAUGAUGAAAAUUCAAAUUCUUUGAGGAAGGUUUAUGAAACACCAGCUAAGAAUGUGCAAAGUGGAAGGAAGACUCAUGCUAAAUCAUCUGGUAGAGUUGAGGAUAAACAGAAGGAGGCCCCAAACACCGCAAAGGGUGUAAAUCUUCUUAGACUUUCAAGAAUGGCAAAGUUGAAUCUUCAAAGGGAGAAUGAAAAGGAGAACUACAGACGGGUUUUGCCCAAGGCAUCUGAAAAUGAAGCUGAGGUGAAAAUUGUAAACAAUGAUAUGGAGCUUGAUUUUAGUGAGAAUCCUGAGGAUGAUGCACCUGAUGAAUCAGAUGGGUCUGAUAACCCAGGUUGUGGACUCGGAGAAAACCUUUCAAAUCAAAAUGUCAGUGAGAAAAUUGAAGAAGCUGAUCCUGCUAUGAAUCAGCUAGAUACUUCUGAAAAUAUUAGUUUUGUUCCAGAUAGUUUGAAGAAACUUGAGCAGGACCAAUGUUUGGAGCAUAUUGAGGUGGCUGCUACUCCACCUAGUGCUAACGUCCAGAGGAAAGCUCUGCGUGGAAAAGCAGCAAAUGGGAGUGCGCAUGAUGCUGAACCUGGGUCAUCUAAUAAUUUACAGGAGUUUUGGCAUCUGUCAGACCUUUCAGUCAAGCCUGUAAUGCCUAGUAGGAAAGGAGAUAAGGCUUUGGAUGCUACCCACUCCCUCCCAUUUGAAAUUCUUCUGGCUUCUGAUUAUGUUAAACUACCACCUGAGCAGUUAAAUGUAUAUAGUAGUCGAAUAAUUCAUAGCUUGAGUGGAACUUCCCAUGUUACUGAUAAACAGAAUGUUCUCAGAUACCUGGAAAUGCUAAGUUGCAGUGCUGAUGCUGCAAAUAUUAUAACUAAUGGGCCAAUCAUGUUGCUACUUAUAAAAAUGUUUCGGCUUUCAAAGACAUCUUCUUUACGAGCUCAGCUUGCUUCAGUGAUGGCAUUACUCAUCCGUCAUUCAACUUAUAUUGAGGCGGAUGUGGCAAAUUCUGGAAUUGUUAAUGCUCUCACAGAUGGUUUGAGGGACAAGCAAGAUAAAGUAAGGAGGUUCUCCAUGGCUGCUUUAGGGGAGUUGCUAUUUUACAUUUCAACCCAAUCUGAUCAAGAUUUAAAAGAUAGCAAUGCCUUAGAAUCUCCAUCUAAAGAUAGCCGUUCUUCAACUGGUUGGCAGGUCAGAAUUCUAUAA